AUGGAUGAUGAAAUUUUAAUAGAAAAAGUUCGUCAAUAUGAUGAAUUUUACAAUAUGGCUCAUAAAAAGUAUUGUGAUAAUCAUCAUAAAGAUGUAGUAUGGGCAAAAAUUGGAAAAGAAUUGAAUACAACAGGGAAAAUAUGUAAAAUUCGAUGGAUCUCACUCAGAGAUCAACUUAGGAAGGCAAUAAAAAAGAAAAAAACAACAAGUGGACAAGCAGCUGACAAACAAAAAAAAUGGAAGUAUGAGGACUGCAUGUCUUUUGUAAUACCAUUUUUUAAAGAACGAGAAACGUUUUCUAACAUAGUAUCUCCGGAAAGUGAUAGCGAAGAGUCAAAUGACGAAGAAAUGUCCAGUAAUAAUGACAAAAAUAUAAAUAAAGAUGUUCUAAGUGAGAAUGAAGAAAGUGAACAAGAAACUACGUUAAAACGUAAUAAAGUUAUGGGGUCGGUAUCACAAAAAACAAAAUCUCCAAAAAAAAUGAAAAUGCCAGCAUCAUAUUAUUCUAAUGCAAAAAAAAAAAAUAAACCACAAACAGCAUCAUCUGUUUUAAUGCAAUAUUUAUUAGAUGAACCAAAGGCAACAUCUCGUGAGCAUCCAAUCGACAUAUUUUUCCAAGGGCUGGCAGCUACAGUCAAAACAUUUUCACCAGAAUACCAACACAUGGCAAAAACCAAAAUGUUUGCAAUAUUGUCUGAAUUAGAGUGGGCACAAUUGCUAAAUAAAACAGCAAAUCAUCAAAUCCCACUAUCAAUAUAUCCUUCAACAUCAUACAUUUGCUCUAACACUGAAAUGGCACCAUCACAAAACAACAUUCAAUACGUCCAAACACCAACACCAUCUCCUGUGUUAUAA